AUGAGCGACACUCCGGCAACCAAGACGGGUAUUAGUCCGUGCCUUCAGGACCCCAAGUCUGAUCCACAGUAUAUCCAAUUCAAAUGCCUUCCCCCAGGUGGUCCGUUAAAUCGUUGGUCUCAUACCAUCACAAGAGAACAUGAUUAUCCAGGCGCUCAGGCCAUGUUGUACGGUGCCGGGGUUCCGAAUGAAGAAAUGAUGAAGAAUGCUCCUCAUGUUGGAAUCGCAACUGUCUGGUGGGAAGGAAAUGCUAUCCUAGACAGGCUAAUCAUGACAGUCCUGGACUUCGGAAAGAUUGUUAAGAGAGCGGUAGAAAAGCAGAAGAUGCUGGGAUGGCAAUACAAUGCCGUAGGUGUAUCGGACGCUAUCACCAUGGGCGGCGAAGGCAUGAGAUACUCUCUCCAAACUCGCGAUCUUAUUGCCGAUAGCAUUGAGACCGUGACAUGUGCGCAGCAUCACGACGCUAACAUUGCGAUCCCUGGUUGCGACAAGAACAUGCCAGGGGUGAUAAUGGCUGCAGCACGCCAUAAUCGGCCUUUCCUCAUGAUUUAUGGAGGGUCGAUCCGAAAGGGAUAUUCGAAACUUUUAGAGCGUGAUAUAAACGUAACUAGUUGCUAUGAAGCCUCGGGAGCUUUGACAUAUGGUCGGCUCGAAGCCAAGACAAAUCCCGGCACCGAAGGUCGAACUUCAAACGACGUGAUGUUGGAUAUCGAGCGUCAUGCCUGCCCCGGAGCUGGUGCAUGCGGUGGUAUGUUCACGGCUAACACGAUGGCGACGGCCAUAGAAGCGAUGGGAUUGACUCUCCCUGGAUCGUCGUCCUAUCCUGCCUUAUCCCCAGAAAAAGCACGUGAGUGCGAGCGCGCUGCCGAGGUGAUCAAAACGACGAUGGAAAAAGACAUCCGUCCUCGUGAUCUAAUAACGAGAGAAUCAUUCGAAAACGCACUGGUCAUAACCAUGAUUUUGGGCGGCUCAACUAACGGCGUGUUGCAUUUCCUGGCUAUGGCUAACACGGCCGAAGUGCCGCUGACUUUGGAAGAUGUCGAUCGAGUUAGCAACAAAACGCCAUUCCUAGCGGACCUGGCACCCAGCGGGAAAUAUCUAAUGGAAGAUCUAUAUAAGAUUGGAGGUACGCCGUCGGUGUUGAAGAUGCUUAUAGCGGCUGGUCUGAUCAACGGCAACAUCCCGACAGUCACGGGCCACACGCUCGCGGAAAAUGUCGCUGACUGGCCCAGCCUGCCACCUGACCAAAAGAUCAUCCGUCCUCUCUCAAAUCCUAUCAAAGAAACAGGUCAUAUCCGGAUCCUACGGGGCAAUUUCGCACCAGAAGGUGCUGUGGCUAAAAUCACAGGCAAGGAGGGGCUGAGCUUUACUGGCAAGGCUCGGGUGUUUGAAAAGGAACAUGAGCUUGACGAGGCAUUAUCUCGCGGUGAGAUCCCGCGAGACGAGAACUUGGUGCUCAUAGUUCGGUACGAAGGUCCAAAAGGAGGCCCCGGGAUGCCGGAACAAUUGAGGGCAUCGGCGGCAAUCAUGGGAGCCGGACUCAAGAACAUCGCCCUCGUCACGGAUGGUAGAUAUAGCGGCGCUUCGCAUGGCUUUAUUGUUGGUCACGUUUGCCCAGAAGCGGCCACAGGUGGUCCUAUUGCUCUAGUCAAAGAAGGAGAUACGAUCCUGAUCGACGCCGUAACGAAUCGGAUCGAUAUAACUAAUGUGAGCGACGAACAGUUGAGGGAGAGGAAGAAGGCUUGGAAAGCCCCGCAAUCAAAAGUAAAGAGAGGCGUUCUGGCAAAAUAUGCGAGGCUGGUCGGAGAUGCUAGUCAUGGUGCAGUCACAGACCAAUGGGAUUCGGAAAACUAG